GUAUUUUUUGUUUGUAGUUUGUACACACUUGCCAACCACUCCGCGAUCCGGAGCUCCGCGAAUCGGCCCUGUCUGGUUGCAACAGGUCUGUCUGUUUUCGGAGUGCGGUGUGUCCUCACAGGACCUCAGCCUUGUGGUGUUCUGCCACUAUCAUACCUUGUAAUUGUACACACUUGUAAAUUGUAGUUGAGGGUAUUAUUGAUAUCUUUUAGUAACAUAGAGAGCCUGUUGAUCUACGCGUUUGUAAGCAUUGGAUUAAUUGUAAACAAAUCGCGUUGUACCAUGUUGUACCGAACGUGAAUUUGGCACCACUACAAGGAUGACGACCCUUUGGGAGAAGGAUCAGGACGCUGAAAACCCGAACGUGAAUUUGGCACCGUUGACGGCAUGCGUGGAUGACAAUGAUCACUUGCAAAUUGGUGGAUGCAGUGUGCAAUCUCUCGUUGAACAACACGGCUCGCCCUUGUACAUAGUUGACGAAAGGACAGUGCGCCAGUCAUGCCAGGCAUACAGAGCGGCCUUGUCAAAGUACUACCCAGGCAAAUCUCAGCUUUUCUACGCGUCCAAAGCCCAUUGCUCAUUGGCUGUGGUUAGCUUGGUGUACAGCUGCGGAGCUGGUGUAGACGUUGUCUCGGAUGGUGAGCUGAUGACGUGCAUUCGAGCUAACAUUCCCGGCAAAGACAUUAUUUACCAUGGCAACAACAAAUCCUUGGAGGAAGUUCAACUGGGUGUAGAGCAUGGUGUGACGUUCGUCUUGGACAAUUGGCAUGAACUGAACUUGAUUCAGCAGGUAACGGAGAAGCUGGGCAAAACAGCCAAUGUGUGCGUACGACUAACUCCGGGCAUAGAGUGCCACACACACGAGUAUGUGCAGACGGGUCAUCUCGAUUCCAAGUUUGGCUUUGACCCGGACCAAGUAGACGAGCUGCUUCAGCGACUCCUAGGUUUGCAGGAACGCAUUGAACUGGUCGGCUUCCAUGGCCACAUUGGCUCGCAGAUAUUUGAGCUGCAGCCUCACCGAGAUUUGGCCACAUUCAUGGUUGGUGCUGUGCUGAAGAGUCGUAAGAUGGGCUUCACCACAGUGCGCGAUCUGAACAUGGGCGGUGGUCUCGGAAUCCGAUAUGUGCCAACUGAUGACCCACCAAACAUCGACGCGUGGGUGCGUACGGUGUGCGAGGCAGUCGUCCACGAGUUCAGCAAGUGUGGCAGCGACAGCGGCUGUGAUAGCUCCUUGCCACGACUGAUCUGUGAGCCGGGACGCUCCAUCGUGGGCACGUCGUCUGUCACGGCCUAUCGUAUCGGCAGUACCAAGUCAGUGCCUGGCGUGCGUCAGUAUGUGUCCGUGGACGGAGGCAUGAGCGACAACCCGCGCCCGAUCACGUACGAGUCGAGCUACACGGCUGUGCUAUGCCGGUCGGCCACGGCACCGGGAGUUGACGACGUGCGCGUCACCGGCAAACACUGUGAAGAGGGGGAUAUACUGUUGCGCAAUGUCAGCCUACCCGAGCAUCAAGCGGACGAUGUUCUGGUUAUGCUGGCGUCUGGUGCCUAUCACAUGUCCAUGGCAUCCAACUACAAUCGUGUCAUGCGCCCGGCAACCGUGCUUCUCACUGGCGACGGCAGCGUGGACGUGAUUCAGCGACGGGAAACCUACGAUGACAUCCUCCAGCGUGAUGUAAUACCCGAACGGCUGGCGAAGGCGUGUGCCACGUAACUGGAAAAUCAUAGCAGUCUGCCGCGAGAAUGCUCAGCCGUGAUGUGAUGCUGUAGCCUGUAGUGCAGUAGUGUACAUGUGUGAUGUCAGUGCUGGGUCUUGCAUUGCUGUGUUUGUUCCAGUCCAGUACUCUCGUGCAGUGCACAAAGUGGUUUACUGAACUCAAGAAAUCAUGGCUCUGCUUGCAAGCUCUGCGUGCGCGCGCUUGUGUGUGUGUGUGUGUGCGCGCGCGCGCGCGCGCGUGUGUGUGUGUGGGUGCAUGCGUGUGCAAUUGAAGAUGGUCAUUCCAGCAUCUGCAGUGUCUCAAUCACAAAGCACUUGCCAGACUAUCGAUAGCAUCUUUCUUAUAGGGCAAAUGUAUUGUCUCUAGCUCGCUUUCCCGUUGACUUGGUACUCAGUAUACAUCUUGCGUGGAUUUGUCAUUUUAGUUUUUAGCUGGAGCUUGAAAGUAUUUAUUUUUCUCGUCCUCAACUUUUUCCCCGGAAAUAUUCUGCUCUGGGUGUGGUGUACGUGUGUCUGUGCUCUGAGCAGAGCAGAGUGUGGUGUGAGCAGCUCACACCACACCAACCUACAUUGUAUGUUCGCCUUCUUUCUAGCUUCUAGUCCUCUACUGUACUUACCCCUUACCCCUCCCCCCCCCCCCCCCCCCCCGGGACCCCGUGCAGCAUCAUUGACGCCGAGACUUCAGAUCGGCAGCUAUGCUCAAAACUUAUCAGUGGCACCAUUGAUCCUGCUGAACCAGAAGCUACACAUCCUUUACAGUGUAUAGGAGUAUUUACAUUGUUAUUAUUUAUUCCUAGUUUGAAGGAUUGGAUUUAUUUAUCAUUAUUAUUAUUGCCUCGAAUGGUUAUCAGUGCAAUGGACCUUACUUUUGAUGAUGGAGAUGUCUUGGGCUUGCUGUAGCUACAGCUCUCAAUUCCCCAACACACGAAGAGCUGUGCGGCAUUAGAAAGGUUCAGAGAGGUGUGUGAAUGAAAUGAGUCACAGAGUGUCAUGUGCCACUAUGUGGUUG